CUCUCUCACCAUAUACAAACUGCAGACGAGGAACGGCGGUGGGCAGCCUCUCUCUCUCUCUCUCUCCUUCUCCCUCACGCUCAACACGCCGGCGACGAGGAACGGUGGUGGGCAGUUGCGGCGGCGUAGGCGAGGCAUAUUCGGCAGCGGCAGGUUCGUCUCUCUCUCCUUCUCCCUCUCGUUUCCUCUCUCCCUUCCCCGCCGGCGGCACGGAGCAGCAUCAGUGGCGGAGAGGCAGUGGCGGUGGACGGCCCUCCCGUCCUUUCUCUUUCUCGACGAAGGCUGCAGAUCGGCGUAGCAGGCAGCGGCGACGGCGGUGUGACUCCUGCGGCGUAGCAGCUCCGUGGACCUCCGUCUCUUCCCUCCUCUUCUCCUUCUCGCCGCCAAUAGCAGACGGGCAGCAAUAGAUCGACGCCGGCCUCCUCUGUUUCCGGCGACCUUGGUGAGCAGCCGGCCUCCUCUGAGCAGCGACGAGUAGAUUCCGGCGACCUUGUAAGGAGGGAAAAAAGUCAAAAUCUGUAGACCAUCCUCUCUCAGUCUCAGUCGUCUCCCCACUCUCUCGUCUCUGCUUCUUAGCCUUCCAGCACCGGUGAUUGGGCGCACUGUUGCAAAGAAUCUUUUUCCUGAUCAAUGCCAAAAAGAAGUAAAAGAACAGUUAAGCAAUCUGCAAAUGCUGCUCCUAACUCCAAGCAGGAGGAGCCCCAAGAUGUAAAGCAAAAAGAGGUGUCUUUGGACCAAGAAGAUUUUGUUGAACAUCAGAGUGCAGCAAUCAGGGCUCUUCGUGAUGUGCAGAUUGAACAAUUACGUACUAUGUUACGGUUGCUACGCUCUAACUUUAGCAAGGAACAGCUGCAAGUUCCUGUGUUGCAAUUUUUCAGAGAAAACCUCCCAAAUCUGGUGGUUGUAAGGAAUGAGAACGAUGGUAUGUAUGAAGUGCAAUGGAAAAAAGAUGAUGGUAAUUUAAGCAUGGACCAACUAGAUGGAAGAAAUAUACAUGCUUCUCUUCUACAACGGUUAUCCAUGGUUUAUCCCAGUUGUUCUGCAGCAAUGCCACCUAUUGGUGGAUUUGAGUUUUCGAAUAAAUCUGUGAAAACAAGUAUCUUCGGUGCUGAGAAUCUCCAAAUUAAGGGAUUUGUACUAGAAGAGCCAUCAGAGACUCAACUGUUUGAGCAGCAGGAUCUUCUCCAAACUCCGGGUGCAAAUAGCCACCGGUUAUCUGUUGGGAUGACACCGAAAACUUUGAGGCAGCCCAAACACGGGGAGAUGCUUCUGUCUGUACAUGGCUCACCCCUUGGCGUUUACAAGGAAGACAUGGAAGCAAUACACGAAUCAGAAGAUGGUUCAGCUUAGAUUAUGGCUCCGUUAUUGUAGGCAUUAUAUUGGUGGAAGAAGUUACUGCCAUUGUAUUUGAUGAAUCCACGGCUGAUUUCUGUGUUGUAAUUAAGUUGUUAGCGUCUCAUGUUUGCUUUUUUGCUUUGAAGCAACAUAUUUCUUACUUUCAGUUAAUGCGUUGAAGCAAAUAUUAUGCCUUGUUUUUGCGUCUCAUGUCUGCUUUAAUGUAUUGCUCUGGUAAAUAUUGUUCUUGUAGAACAUUGAAAUGUUGUGCCUAAGUACUCAAGCUUACUUGUACUAAAAUUUACUCCGUAUGAUAUUGAUAUAUGGAGUCAUGGGAA